UUUAUUUCAAUUCAUUGUAAAAUAAAUAUCGGAUGGUUGAAAUAUCCAAAAUGUUUCUCAUAUACAGCUUUGGAAUAUUUAUUAGUUUUCUUGGAGCUUCAAAGGCAGUUAACAUACCUUCUGCUGAGAAAACUUGGACCUAUAAGUUUGAAUCGGCUCAAAUGAACACGGGCAAUAAGGAUACUGCCUAUGGGGAUAUUCGCAUCGAUCGUAUUGAACGCGGAGAGUUUGGUUUGAGUGGAAAUCUGGUAACACUAAUCGAUGUUACGCAGGACAUGGAUGUGGAGGCCCUAAUGUACCGCAGCACCGAUGACGGCGCCAAUUACAAACUCCAACCGUAUUCAUUGCCACGCCAGCCUAUCAUCGAAGCCAUGAAUAAAUUUUACAAGAACAUGAUUAUGCCGAGUGCCGCUAAUUGUUCGAAUUUUCCGCAAUUUGAGGGUAAGCUAACGGAGUUGCCAGCCCAAAAAUUUCAUUAUGAAAAGUGCAAGGUGAGCAGUGACGGUUUUCCGCAGCAUAUGCCGGAUGGUACUUACAAAAUGACAUACAAAACUUACGGUGCAAUUGAUCUCAGUGCCGAAAUUAUAGUGAUAGUUGAGAAGAAACCAAUUUAAAAUUGAAAUAUUAAUUUUUUUAAUAUUUUUUUUGUGUUGAAUGUGUAACAAAACAAUA